UCUCUCUCUCUCUCCCUCAAUCAGUAUAUAGCAGCAGCAGAGGCUGCUUCAACGGGGAAUACCACUGAGAAAACCUGAACAGCAGUAAGUACUACACCACACUGCUGCUUUUCGGAUCUGUAGUGCACAUCUCUCACCAAAUAGGACAGCAGCCACACUUGAAAUGGACACUUGGAUUUGAAUGAAUUGUGCUGCUCUAUCCAGUAUCUUUAUUUGUUAACCUUCAUCACAAAGGCUCACAAAUAGCUAAUACAAUAAAAACAUGGAUAAUUAUUCACUAACUUUAGGAAUGCAUAUGAUGAAUGAAACCCAAAUCAAUCAGACCCUAGGCAAUAUGCCCCAGAAUGCCCUAGAAAUUCAAGUUGUUACCAUCUUUCUUGUCCUUUUGAUCUGCGGAGUUGGUAUUGCUGGAAACAUCAUGGUCGUUUUAGUGGUCUUAAGAACCAAACACAUGAUGACCCCAACAAACUGUUACCUGGUUAGUUUGGCCAUCGCUGAUCUAAUAGUUCUUCUGGCUGCUGGGCUUCCCAACAUUUCAGAAGUGGUUGCUUCUUGGGUUUAUGGCUAUGUUGGGUGUCUUUGCAUCACCUAUCUGCAGUACCUUGGCAUCAACAUCUCAGCUUGUUCAAUUACAGCCUUCACCAUAGAGCGAUACAUAGCUAUCUGCCACUCCAUAAAAGCACAAUUUAUCUGCACUGUAUCCAGAGCUAAGAAAAUAAUAGCUUUUGUUUGGAUGUUCACCUCAGUGUACUGUGUUAUGUGGUUCUUCCUGGUGGACACUACAGAAGUCAAGUUUGCUGAUGGUGUCCAAGUCAACUGUGGCUACAGGGUGUCUAGAAACUUGUAUACUCCCAUCUACUUUUUGGACUUCACUAUUUUUUAUGUGAUUCCAUUGGUCCUUGCCACUGUUUUGUAUGGCUUGAUAGCUCGGAUAUUAUUUAUGAACCCCUUACCUUCUAACCCUCAGGAUCUUAGCAGGAUGAGUUCAAAACACUAUGGAAAGCCCUAUAAUUCCAUAAAACUUUCAUGCAAAGGCAACAAAAACACAGUGAGUUCAAGAAAACAAGUCACCAAAAUGUUGGCUGUGGUGGUCAUCUUAUUUGCUCUCCUAUGGAUGCCCUAUCGUACCCUAGUGGUGGUGAAUUCCUUCAUGGAUCCACCAUACCUCAACGUAUGGUUCCUGUUGUUCUGCAGAAUGUCUAUCUACCUUAACAGUGCUAUCAACCCAAUCAUUUACAAUCUGAUGUCACAAAAGUUCAGGGCUGCCUUCAAGAACUUGUGCAAAUGUGAGCCGAAAAGGACAGAAAGGGCUGCUAAGUACAACGUGCCUGUGUAUUACAGUGUGAUGAAAGACAGUUCCCAUGACAGCCCCGACCACGACCUCACUGUGCAGGAGGACCUCAAUGGAUUUCCAUCUAAAAAAGUCAUCUUUACAGAGAAAUGCAUAGACACCACCACAACAUACAGUGUAGCAUAAUAUAUAUAAAGUGCUAUACAAUCAAUGAGCAUUAUCCUUCUCAGUGUCGUGUAUUGGUAACAGUGUUGCGCAAAUUAAAGUGGACUCACUGCAUCUACUAAGUGUAGGUGAUGGGUCCACUUUAAGUGAAAACAAAUGUACAUAUUGUAGCAGCAACUGAACUUUGCAUUAGUGCCAGGUUUCUACACGUUCUGUGUAUUCUUCAGUGUGUUUUUAUUUACAAGAUAAAUAUAAAGUAUUUAUUAUUUUAAUACAUUAUGACAUUAUUGGAUCUGAAAUUGACACUGAUCAUUGUACAUUAUCUACAUUGUAAGUUAAAGUGUCCAUGUUCAUUUGUGCUUUAUGGUUACUUCUAAUGGCUGUGUGUUGUUGUUGUUGUUGAACAGCCCUGGCUGGGUAAUGUAUUCUAUGGAGACAAUCUUCAUAAUUUCCCUGUAAAUAACGGUUAAGGAAUGAUUUGUAAAUAGAGUUUUGUACUUGUUAAUAGAAUAUAUAUAUAUAAUUUAUACAGUAAGAUGUAUGAGCAGAGUUAAGCAGAAUUCUGGCUCAGCCUACUAUGAGAUACAUUGGGCCUGAUUCAGAUUUGGAAGCAAGGCAGAAAAAGCACACAAGUUUGUAUCUGGAACAAACCAUUUUGCAAUUCAAGGGGGGGGGAAAUACAUUUAUAUUUUUUCUGUGCAGUGUAAAUACAGUCUGCUUUUGUAUGUAGCCCACAAAUGUUAGACAGCUUUAUUUUUGCACUGCAAUUUAGAUUUCAGUUUGGACACACCCCACCCAGUGGCGUAACUUCAUCCCAGUUGCCAGGAGGCAAGAUAAAUGUUGGUGUCCCCCCCACUGUUAUUCCAGGCACCAGGUGCAGUUUAUUUCACUAAGGAGGAGUGCUGGGUACACUGCUUGAUUAUUUUAGAUAGAUAGAUAGAUAGAUAGAUAGAUAGAUAGAUAGAUAGAUAGAUAGAUAGAUAGAUGGAUAUAUAACAGGCCCUAAACAAUUUGAUGCCCUAGGCAAGAUUUUGGCUGGUGCCCCUAGCACUGGCAUUAGUUCCACUUCUGACCCAGUACCCAUCUCCCAGCACAGCACCCAGCAUCACAGCAGGAGCCAGCAACACCCAUCACCCCGUCACCCAUAGCAAUCCUCAUUUUGGUUCCCUUGCCAACAAAACUAUUGGCACCCCCCACCCUCUAAUUUGUAAUAGGAACCGUGCACACCAAGGUGCGUGGGCCAAAAUGGGGCAUGUUUCAUGCUGGGAAGGCACAUGGCCACAGAAUAGUACCCUCAAUUCAAAUUAUGCAACACACUAGUGCAAUGUUAUCCACAUUAUAUCACACGAUAGUGUAGUGACCCUUAUUCACAUUACCUCAUGCAAUUGUGUUUCUUAUUCACAUUACGCCUCACUGUGUUGCUCCCUAUACACAUUACACCGCACCGUAUCACUCCUUAUACACAUUACACUGCACCGCAUUGCUCCUUAUACACAUUACCCUGCAUGAAUCGCUCCUUAUACACAUUACACCACACCGCAUUGCUCCUUAUACAGAUUACCCUGCACAAAUCGCUCCUUAUACACAUUACACCGAACUGCAUUGCUCCUUAUACACAUUACACUGCACCAUAUCACUACUUGUUGAUGUUACACCUCACUGUAUCGCUCCUUAUACACAUUACACUGCACCACUCCUGUUUUGCAGUGUCCGUGAGGCGGCUGAAUGUAAUUACUGCUGUUUUGAUUCUUUAUUGGAAUUGUUAGCUGUGUGAGGUGACAAGUGUAGUAGAUACGGCUCCAGCUCUGACUUUAAUGUGUGGUUUAAAAGUUAGGAGUUGUUGGUAGCCAUGAUAAUAGGCUUCAAAGCGUUUUGUCUAGUAAAUGGUUUAAUGAAAAACAACUGGAGCAGCAUCUUCUACACUUGCCGCUGCACGGACCCGACACCUCACACAACUUACAAUACCAACAAACAUUUGAAGCAGCAGUAAUUACAUUCAGCCACCUCACAGACACUGCAAAACAGAGAGCGCAUGGAAAAGCAUGAAAGCCGGAGCCGAGUUAUGCACACCUGCUGCCAGAUGGAUCUUGUAUGUGUUUAAUCAGCAAGCCCGACUACAGCAGCUGGAUAUCACUGGAGGAUGAAUAAUGGUGGACUAGGGUGAGUUAGGGAAAGAUAUUCCCUUCAAUGAAGGAGCAGGUAAUAAUCUUACCCACAAAAGAGUUGUAGACAUUGAUUUAUAUUUUUACUUUUAUACAUUUUUACUUUUAUGUUUUUAUUAGUUUACAUUAAUUUUAUAUUAUCUUUCUAGCACUUCCACAGACACUAUAUAAACACGUUUUAUAUAUCUAGAAUGCACCCCUCGAGUCAUCCCCUUCCCCACUGCAACUACCCCCUCUCCUGCACCCCCAUAGGGCUUGCACUUACUGCAAUGUUGUCUGCUACUGUUAUGGUGCAACUGUUGUACCACUGCUGCUGCGCUUAUUUCUCCUAUUCUGCAACAGUGAUGGCCCCCUUGUGCAUGCCGCCUCACCGCACACUGUCUCCACGCUCCUGGCUUCUCAGUCACACAACACGCUCACCUCGCUCAGGUCGCGGGUCACAUGUCACGAGACGCAGAGAAGGGAGACCAGAUCACACGGGAGGAGUGCCGCUUAUUAUGAUAUGCGCUUUGCAAUCUGCAUGGUGGCUUGGCUCCUCUCUGCGGGAAGGACACGGGGGACAAUUGAGGAAGUGCCUCCUUUAGGGCUGGAGCCCAGCGGCAACUGGCUCCAUUGUCUUUGGGAGUUCCACCCCUGACCCAACUCACAUCAGAAUCUCUCUGCACAUGUUAUAUCUGCCCAACCUGCAGUGCAGCAUGGUUUUGCCCAGUUGCUAACUUUUUUGGUUUGCUUUCACAUCAGAAUAACCCCCAUUGUAUUUGAUAUUUUAUUUCAAGCAGGUGAUGUUAUUCCUUUGUGACCCAUCUACUUAUGAGCAUAAAUGUAUUACAAUUAUCUAAACAUAGCACUUUAUUUACAUCAAUUUCAAUGUUUUAGAUGAUUCAGGGAACAUUUGGGAAGAUCAAUUAUCUUUACAAUUUUCAAAUAUUUAAUUAUUGACCACAUUUACAAGCUUUUUAAUCCUAGAGGAGAUGUUUAAGUGGAAGCUUCAAAGUCAUCAAGAGCCCCCAGUGCAGAAUUUAGUAAUGAGUAAUUGGUAUAUUGGGGGUAUUGUUUCUUGAAUAAGGAGUAGGCACAUGAGUGUGCCAAAAAACAGUAAUCAGAUUUAGUUUGAGCCGAGGGCUGAAAUGACAUAAAUUGCAUAAUGAGGAGAGUCCAUUGCCUGUAUUGUAGAAAGGCGCACAGCCUUUUCCUCACAGCAGAUGGCCAUCAUUUUCCUGCCACUUAGGGGGCGCCAGAGAUAAAGUCUCAGUCUGUCAUUAAUGGAACAGUGGCACUUGUAUGUCUAUGGGAAAGAGCAUUUCUCUGCCCUGACUAAUGCAAUCAGAAGAUUACAACGCAUAAAAGUGAUGAGGACAGGCCCACUGUCCCUUAUCCCUCAUACACAUUAUAAGCCACAAAUGCGGUUAAACUGAAUAGUAUUUUAAGAAUAUUUUAAAAAAUUUAAAUAAUUGGUCUUUAAAUGUUUACAGGUUGGAUUUUGAAAUUAUGUUUCAUUAUCUGCAUUUUCAUGCGUAUAAAUAAUUUUGCUGUGCUGUUCGCAGAAUCAUUUUCUGUCGGUGACUCCAAGGGCAGAGAACUGGGUGUGUACUUGUGCUGAUAAAGAGACAUUAUAAGUUUGCAAGCUUUGCAGUUGUAAAUGACCGAUAAUGUAACCAGAGCCAGCAACACUGGGCGGGUGUGGUUCAAUAGAUCUAAAGUAUAAAGAUAGGCAAUAGGUCGAUGUCAAAAGGUUGACAGGGUUAAAAUGUCGAUAUGGUAAAGGUACAUAGUACAAAAGGUCUACAUGAAAAUGGUCGACACAAGUUUUUUUGGUGUCAUUUUGUAUGUUUCACCAUAUCUGAGCCAAAUUAGUGGAAAUGUGUACCCUCCUGGGCUAGUUUUCCUUGCCACACUUCAGGCAAGGUGCCUCGCUCCACUGCCGUGGUGCUCAGCACAGGUUACUAUUCCCAAUCGUAGUCUACAUGGAUGGUAAAUGAUGAAAAAUUUGAAGAAUAAAUAAAUAUGUGUAUCUCCCAUUGUCAUGUCGACCUUUUGAACCUUUCGACUUAAAGCAUCUCAACCAUUUGGGGUCGACCUGUUGACUGUCUAUCUUUUUACUGUAGAUCUAUCAACCAGAUACCCACUGGGCUCCAGUUUUUAAAGGUGAAAUGGAAUUGGUGUUCCCAGGUACUAUGUAACCUUGCACUGUGUGUUUCUAUGCUUACCUUUCAUUUCCAAGGCCCUCAUUCCGAGUUGAUCGGUCGCAAGGCGAAUUUAGCAGAGUUACACACGCUAAGCCGCCGCCUACUGGGAGUGAAUCUUAGCUUCUUAAAAUUGCGACCGAUGUAUUCGCAAUAUUGCGAUUACUAACUACUUAGCAGUUUCAGAGUAGCUUCAGACUUACUCUGCCUGUGCGAUCAGUUCAGUGCUUGUCGUUCCUGGUUGACGUCACAAACACACCCAGCGUUCGCCCAGGCACUCCCACCGUUUCCCCGGCCACUCCUGCGUUUUUUCCGGAAACGGUAGCGUUUUCAACCACACGCCCCUGAAACGCCGUGUUUCCGCCCAGUAACACCCAUUUCCUGUCAAUCACAUUACGAUCGCCGGAGCGAAGAAAAAGCCGUGAGUAAAAUUACUUUCAUCAUAGUAAAGUUACUUGGCGCAGUCGCAGUGCGAACAUUGCGCAUGCGUACUAAGCGGAAUUUCACUGCGAUGCGAUGAAAAAUACCGAGCGAACAACUCGGAAUGAGGGCCCAUGUUUCCAGUGUACAAUAGUCAAAGAAUUUAAUACAUACAAGCCAGUACAUACAUCACAUACAGUAGAAGUCUCAUUCGUCACAGCUUAAUGUGCAAUCGAUUUGGUGUUGCACCAAUGCACCUAGAUAGCCAUCCUUAGACAUUGGGAAGAUGCACUCCUACUCGCCAGUCUCUGAAGAUGCCUCCGCAAACUUAAAGUAUCUAGGUUUGCGGGAGACAGACAUAUCUCUUGCCAAUGCACUGAGCAACAGGGUAAAUGUCACAUAGAAAACCUUCUACCACUUUAGUACUACUGCUUUUCAGUUUACCUUCAUUUAUGGCUUAUAUUAAUCAUGAGUGAGGGGACACAGGGACUAUUUUAUGACAUUGGAAAUAUGUGCAUGCAAAACAUUAUUUUACAAUGCAAAAUUAGAUUAAAUUAAAAUGAUAGGAUUACAAGAAAUCUUCAAAGCAAGGAACACCCAUAAAAGACACUAUUUAUUUAAUUUCCAUCUUGCUCUGAAUGUAUUUUGUGUAAUUUGCACUGUUCUGCAAAUCUAGGUGCAAAGUCAUGCUCCUACUGCAGGUAAUGCAAGCAUUGCCUGUUUUACCUCUCCUUUCAGUCAGUCCAGAGAUCUGCACUUCCACAACCAAUGUGCUUUGGUGGAAACGUAGGUGACCUGAGAAGCUCCAAGCACGCUGCACCACCAAAGAGGACUUUGUAGUUUGUAAAUGACCUCUCUGUACCAUGGUAUGACUGCAUGCAUUGGUCUGCAAAUGGUCCUUAUAUUGUCUAAAAUCACAUAUCAACUUAAAAUACCUCUCCAAAAUGUAUUAUGAAUGACGGCUUUAUUGCUUUUUAAAUAUGUAAGUAAAUAAGCUUCGUUUUGUUAGUCAUGCUUUAUUCUAUCUAUGUAGCUUUAUCAAUCCCAAAUCUGUUUAUAUCAGUCCAUAGCCUGCACUGUUACAUGAUACUGCAAGAUUGUGAAUAAAUGCAAGAU